AUCCUCCAGGAGAUCCGGAACCGGACCAUCAGAGCCAUGUGCAGACAGAGGAACUCGGCCCACAAUAUUUGGUCCCUGAGCCCCCUACAGAGGAAGACCCUGCUGCAGCACGUCCUGGUCAACGACAAGUAUCGCUUCCUGUACUGCUACGUCCCCAAAGUGGCCUGCUCCAACUGGAAGAGGGUUCUGAAGGUCCUGAGCGGAGCMCUGGAGAGCGUGGACGUCAGCGUCAAGAUGGACCACCACAGCGACCUGCUCUUCCUGUCCUCUCUGAAGCCAGAGGAGAUCCGCUAUCGACUCCUGCAYUACUUCAAGUUCAUGUUUGUGCGGGAGCCCAUGGAGCGCCUGCUGUCGGCCUACAGGAACAAGUUCGGAGAGAUCCAGUCCUACCAGAAGAAGUACGGCGUGGAGAUCAUAAAGCGGUACAGAAAGGGCCGGGGCAAAGGCUCCGCUGUGACCGGAGACGACGUGACGUUUGUGGAGUUCGUGCGCUACCUGCUGGAGGAGGACGUGGAGCGCAUGAACGAGCACUGGAUGCCCAUGUACAACCUGUGCCAGCCGUGCGCCGUCUCCUACGACUUCAUCGGCUCCUACGAGCACCUGGAGGCGGACGCAGAGUUCGUGCUGCAGAGCAUCAAAGCUCCAGCUUCCCUCCACUUCCCCCAGAGACAAACGUGGUACAAGCCCAUCACCACAGAAACCUUACACUACUACUUGUGCACGCUGCCGCAGAAACUGGUGCAGGAACUUUUACCAAAGUAUAUUUUAGAUUUUUCUCUGUUCGCCUACCCUCUCCCCAACACAACCUCAGAACACUGCCGGCAUUAAAGCUGCUGCUUUAAUCACUUCUCUGCGUUAUAGAAAACAGUAUUUAAAGACGUUUUUUACUACAGAUGUGUGCGUGAGAGUUCAGGACCACUAAAGACUGAAAGACAAAGAACUGUUACAGUAAAGUAUAAAUGUUUAGUGACCUCAGUCAACAUUCUGUGGUUUAGCAGGCUAAAACACCAACAUACUUUCAUUGAUAACUUUUUUAAUAAAACACAAUCAUAUUUUA